AUGGCUUUUCAACUAAACUCUUUUAAGCCCAAAACAAAAACAACACCUCGUAUUGAAUUAAGUGAUUUGGUCGGUAUGUCGAAAAUUUGUGAAGGUGGUUCUGAAUAUGCGGACGGUGGAGAUUUGCAAAAUUAUCUUCGAAAAUAUCAUCCUUCUUUGAUUUGGAGGCAAAGAUUGAUUCUGGCUUUUCAAAUUACAAAUGGGUUACAUUAUUUGCACAGCAAAGAAAUUAUUCACUGUGAUCUGCAUGAUAAAAACGUUGUGAUUAAGAAUGGUAAUGCAAAAAUUAUCGAUUUUGGAAAUGCUAAAAAUAUUAAUGCACCAACAAAAAUCCAUAUCGAUAACGGUCUAGUUGGUGUAAUACCUUAUUUAGCACCUGAAUUACUUAGUAGAUUUAAUAACAUUCCCUAUUCUAAGAAAAUGGAUAUCUAUAGUCUGGGCAUGUUAUUUUGGGUACUAACUAGCGGUCGUAGGCCAUUCGAUGAACAAUUAAACCCUGGUUUUAUAGAAUGUGUUAGUUUAUAUAGUCUUAUUAUUCAAGGCAAAAAAGAAGAAAUAAUUCCUGGAACUUCUCAAGCUUAUGUUAAUCUUUAUUAUAGAUGUUGGGAUGAUAAUCCAAAUAUGCGUCCUGAUAUUGAAUCGGUUUAUCACGACUUAAAAAUAUUAAAGGAUAAGAUAUUAGAGGAUGAGAGUUUAAACUCUACCAAACAUUAA